UUAUCUAUACAAUUUCCUGUUUAUAAAAUUUGCACCUGGACUUCAAAACACGCGCGAAAUUUGCGCGCACGCUGACCGUAUGCCGUGAUAAUUCCCGGUGACAUGUCUUCACAUAUUGGUCCUUUUCAAGCAGCGUAUAUAGAAGAACAUAGCAUCCAAAAGCAUUUAAAAGGCAAGUUUUCGAGGUCUCGGAAGGAUUUACCCUCCCGCCUUUCUGUAUUAUCCAUAUAUAGGCGAACUUGGCAGAGAGGGAGGGGAAAAAUUUAUACACGGACAACAAUUUGGGUAAAUUUUCAACCCAUAUAUGGAAAGAGGUGACUGAAAAGCCAUAGCAAAACAAAGCAAUUGAGUUGACGCACAACAAUAAGAAUUUGCACCUUUAGCAUUGCCGUCGAGGAGGGGAGAGAAAGAGUAAUAUUAGCCCAGGUCAAAAAGGCUGUCUCUGCCAACACUAUAAAGCUUCAAGUUUAGAAAGGCUUUAUACUUUGGUGUCGAUCAUGGUGGUGCCUCGUGACUGACUGAGCCCCUUUCGUAACGUUAACAAGUAACAACGUCUAAUCGCGAACACCACAACUCUAAGUUAUUGUAAUGAUAAUGACUAUCUGUAAUGAUUUGUAAUGUUUACCCGUGUUGGAAUUUAAAGUUGGUCAUUUUCACAGGCAGUUGGGGGCAAAAAUUGCAAAAUAUUCACUGCAUCCAUGCUUUAUCCUAUCAAGGCUAUCAUCUGCUGUAUGUACCUCUAGUGAAUAUUUUUAUAGACUUCUGUAAAAUGCAGAGUUGCAAAGUCUUUAAAACUUUCUUCAGGAGGGUUUCUAUAUCCGUGUAGACCUUCAAAUUUCAAAUGAUGUGCCUUUGCUCUUCGUAUUUUGUUGACAAUUUAUUUCAAAAUAUACUGAAAGUGGAAGACCCAGAACACUCUUUUCGGUACGUUUUUUAAAUUUAUCUUCUAGUGGGACUGCUAUGAUUCUGCAGCUUUUGUGCAAUUCUGGAAAAAUGAUCUAUUAAAACAAUUAUACUAUUCUCUCCCACCACUAAUAUAUGACUCAAGCUCAUGGUAUAAUUGUUACUUUUUUGCUUAAUUACUGAAGCAACUUUUAUAUCAGUGGGUCAAUUGUUGUUAUGAGUAGAAUCAAUGUGCUCAUUCAAUCAAGGGUUUCUAUGAAAGUCGAAGAAAAACCUAUUUUACCUCCUUUGCUAUGGUCCACUACUCUGAGUGGUGAUACUUUAAAGAUUUAAUUACAUAGUCGAUUGAUUGAAUUUUUAGCCUGUUUGAAUGAGGCAAGGUGCUAACCUGAAAUAUGUGAUUGCAAAAUAAAGUGGAACAAAAGCAUUUCAUUUCAACAAACUGUAAAUAUGGAUGUUAAUGAUCGUCGCAGAAAUAGAAAUGUCGAUAAUCUAAAACUAACAGAAGAAGAAAUGAAAGUGUUGAGAGAAUGUCGCAUGAACAGCUUUGUUCGAGGUAUCCCAGCUGGUAUUCUUGCAUCACUCAUAACUAGUUUUGCUGUCAGAAGUGGUAGAUAUCCUCAUUUGACCCAUUGGUCACGUUUCUAUUAUGGAGUUGCAUUUACUGGUGGAUUAUUGUUUGGAGUCGCUUCAUAUAGAAAAACAUGUUUGGAGAAAAUCAUGAAGCUAGAAAACUCUGUGUUGGCGGAACAAGUUCGUGAAUACUAUAAAAGAUCUGGUAUGGAAUACAUUGGUCUGCAAGGUCAAAGAAAGGUUUCAGAAUUCGAUGAAAGUGCUGUUAUUUCGUAUAAUUCAACUGUCAAUCAAGAAGAUGAAUCUCAUAAAGAAACCCUGCCAUAUUUAUCAAGUGUAAAAGACGCAAGGAGCGCAUCAACGGACAAGCACAACGCGGACGAAAUAAAAGACAGAUUAAGUUUUGAAGAACGUCGCAAGCAACACAGACAGCAAUGGAAUAUGGAUCAAUAUCCUCCUAUACGAUCUACGAGAAAACUAGAAGAUAAAAGUCGGUCAAAAUAUGACACUGAGCACAACACUUCGCCAGAAAGAAAUCAAGACUCCAGUGGGACCACAAGAAGAAAUAUAUAUGGCGAUCCUAUUGAAUAAUGCUUGGUAUAUAUAUAUAUAUAUAUAUAUAUGAAAGAAUUUAGGCUUCCUGAACCGAAAUGCAUGCCUUAUUUACGUCAUCAGGUAUAUAUGUUGUUAAAAUAAAUGUAAAAACUUACAGUACCUUCAAUACUGUAAGUGUAACAAUUACUUUGUAUGAAUAUCGACGAAGAAGAUUCAAACGUUUGCAAGUAAUAGGUUCUAGGUUUAUCAUGCAUGCACGUCAAGGAGAGUGUUCUUUCAAAUUUGGUGUACGAAGCCUCCGGGUGACAGUCGUGUUCACAGCUCACAGGCUGGGGCAAUGAAAACUAGGGAUCCAAGGAUAGUGCAAAGUCAAAUAGACAGUGCUAAGCAACCAGACAUUUGUCCCAACAUAAAUGUUUUGACUUAUCCCAGUAAAAAUAUAAAGAACUAGCCGUGAUAUUAAAUUAUUUUAGUUGCUCAUGCAAAGCGGGCGCUAUUUUCUCAGUUUAGUAUUACUGGGUUCGGCAAAAAACCCCAUGUACGUCUCUUCUCUUCGUCAAACAACUGUGACUACAUG